GGGGAAAAAAAAAGAAAACAAGAAGCUGUGCAGAGUCUGGAAAGGCAAAAGCGUAUUGUAUUUGUGAUUAAAAAACAAAACAAGAAAUGGGUAUUUGUACGAAAUUUGCAUUUAUAGUAUCAUGUCUAUUUUCAGGAUGGGCUACUGUGCAAAUAACAUUUGUUAAGUGCUCUGUUUACCCACCGGAGACGAGUGGUGGUGAAGGUGCACUAAAGCUUCCAUCUCCAGUCAUUCCGAUGCCACCGGUUUUCCAAGCAAACCGUUUGGGAUUCUUCUACUCUCUCAGUCUUUCAUCUAACUAUCCAGAGAACUUGGAGGUUAACGAACAUUGCAUUGAACGGCUCCACAUCUUUGGUGAACGCUACGUGACUUAUACGAACUGUCUGGUGACUAAUGCAAGACCCGUCAAAAUCUGUCAGAACUGUUAUAUUGGCUUCAACAGUCUGGAGGAAAUAUAUACAAAUAUAUCAUCUGACGAACUGGGCCCUGGAAAUGUCAGUUGCCAUGACAGCUUGAUGCGUUCUGAUAGGCUGAUGCUUCUCUAUACCCUUUACAGUAAAUUAGAUGAGAUUUGGACAUCAGCAGGAUGCAAACAAUGCCUAAGUGGAGAUCAACAGACUCUGUCCAAUGAUACCAUCUACUUCAUGAUUAAUCUGAAUAAGUCACUGACCUGCUUUGAGAAAUAUCAGGGCAACCACUCUGAAUUGUGCAAAGACUGUAAGGACUCAUACAGAAGUUUGAACGAGCUUUAUGGAAGCAUGGCGAAAAACCAAACACUCUGCAUUGAUAUAGAGGAUGCAAUGAACACGACAAGGCAGUUAUGGAGUAAAAACUUUGGUUGCUCAUUCCCUCGUGAAGAGACCGUGCCUGUCAUUGCGGUGUCCUGCUUCAUGCUCUUCCUUCCCAUCAUCUUCUACUUAAGCAGCUUCCUGCACUCAGAACAAAAGAAACGCAAGCUCAUACACCCCAAGAGAGCCAAGUCCAGCAGCAGCCUAAUGAAUAUCCAGGACAAAUUCAGCUGAGUGGGGAAGAUGGAAAUUGGGGGCACUGACUGAAUCUUAAGGCACUUUCUGCAUGGAUGGGUGGGGUGUUUUUCUUGAACUCCAAGGACAUCCUGGAUCAAAGAUUUUACAAUGCUGCCCCACUGCUGCGAUCACAUUCUAGCAUUCUAUUCAAGUAGGAUUGUUUUGCACUAUAAGAUUUGCACAAUUCAUUUGAAUAUGCUAAUAGGCAAUUUUUCACUGAUGUGUUAAAAAAGAGCUGUUUUUCCAGUGAGGAUUUAUAAUAAUCAAUAUUAUGAAGGAUGUUUGUAUUAUAUUGUUGUUUUUAAUGAAUUAAAGAUUCAGGGAGGUUUAACUUUUACAUGAGACUGGUUAUGCUGCCUUUUUACUGCACUAAGAGAGCAUGUUACAUUUUAAAUUCUCUAUUUUGCUAGGAAACAGUGAAUUAAAACCGAAUGCACAACAUGGCAAUGGUACCACUUCUGAAAGCACUCCAUGGACAUUAGAUAAAAAUCUGGUAACAAAUACUUGAUUCAAGGUUAGUGGUGUAUGCAUUUAGUAGAGGAGAAAAGCAAAGGAAAAAAAUACAAAUUAAGUGAAAAUGAAAACGUUAACAGGUUUUAGGUAGUUGUUUUCAUUAUAUAAAUGGAGUUAACAUAGUCUGGCCAAUUAUUCUAAGAGAGUUAGACAAGGAAAAUGUAAGUAUAAAUUAUAGUGUUGAAUCAGAAAAAUCUUUUAUUUGCUCAGCCAAGAUUUUGGCCAUUUCUGAAAGUAUUAUAUAAAGUGUAAUUUUAGUAACUUGCAGUAAUUCGACUCUGAAUCCAGUAUGUUUAUUCUUAAGAUCUGUUCAGUUUAAUAUGUACAGCAAAGUAGGACAACACCUUUGAUAUCAUUUUCUACCCAAAGCUUCCUCAUACCUCUCUAUUAAAAUAUGUUAUUUAACUUAACUUAAUCAUUUCCUUGGUGCGAUUGACAGGCUCGUUGUUUUCAGGGUUGUAUGGACUUACCUUGGAUUGCAAAGAGCCCGUUUCCCCCAUCAUUAGCAGCUAAUCUAAAUGUAGGAUAAAGUUACUUGGCCAAAUAAUCGUAACAACACAUCCGCUUAAGCUGCCUUGGCUUUUUGGUCUUAUGGAGCCAAGCCAUUGCCUAUAACACUGGCCGUUAAGCGCAUUUCACUUGAUUUGUUCAAUCAUAUGAUCAUGCAGGAAGAUGUGGGAAAAAUAGCCUUUUCAUAUUGGCUCAAGAAUGCAACGUGUAUCAAGAAUGACAGCUUUCGUCGCUGAAAUGCUGUAUCCGUUAAGCGGUGGUGAAAGUCAUUACUCCUGACCUGACUGGAAAUUGUUGUGAGUAGGGUAAUUUUAAGGCCACGUGUUGGAGGAACUGAAAGAAAAGCCGAAAUACCUUUGAGGCGCAUGACCCAAGCUCUACUUUACCUGACAAGAACCUUAGAGAGGAUGAGGGGAAACUGGUGGGGGAUAUGAGAUUAUCCCUCAUCACGUUUUGCCUCAGCAAGAAUCAGAGCAGUGACUUUGGACCUUAAGCAAUGAGCCUAUUAUGAAAUAUCCCUCUUCGCCUGAAACUCAACAGGGGCUUAGAAAUCCACCAAACCAAGGUCUUCAGUAGAGUUAAGGAACUCUUUUGGAAGUUGCCAUUACAUUUUAGCCAUUUUACAUUUCUGUCAUGAUGAAUAUCAUCGACUUCUUAAAUUAUAUUAUUUUGCUAUCUGUUUGUGCUCCUUCAGAAGAACUUUCACACUUCUCAAAAGUCUGAUUGUACUUUUUUAAUGCUGUGAUUUUAUUAUUAAUAAAAUGACAUACUAAU